UCUGUUAUCGAUAUAAUUAUCGUCUCUGGUCAGCAAAGUAUCCAGGGUAUUUUAUCGACAUCUACUAGACUUUGGUUGAGUUUCUGGAGUACUAGUAUCACUUCGGCGAGCUAUUUGAGGCGGUGGCGUAUGAACAAUGCCGAAUGGAAGAGUGGCAAGUAAAACACAGUGGAGAAAUCCUGUGUGUCGCCAGCAAUCAAGCUGAUCAGAUUGCAUCUUGUGGAGAUGACGGGGUGCUACUAUGGAGCAGUGAUGGAGCGCAUACUGGUAGCAUACUGGUAGAUCAGUCGCUUCCCUCGCCUGUGUCCGGAGUGUGUUUUGGAGCAGGCACGAGUCUCUACUGUACAGCAGGAAGACAAGUGUGUGCGUUUGAUACACGGAGCCUGACAUCGCCACUGUGGCGACUUCAGUUAGGUGGGUGCGAUGAUGAUGAGCUCAACCAGGUGUCGGUGAAUGAGAAAGGUAGUCACGUAGCCGCGUGUGACGAUGCAGGUGAAAUACACGUGAUCGAAGUGCGCACAGGAAAGGUGUGCAAGACGCUGCGUCGCCAGCACGAGAACGUCUGUACGUCGGUACAGUUUCGGCCCCGACGUGGCGCAGAGCUAGCCACGUGCGGUCUGGAUUGCAAGCUAGUGCGUUGGGACUACUCAUGCGGUCGUCCCUUACAGAGAGAAGUGCUCAGCAAACUCACGAUAUCAGAGACGAGCUCAGCCGGAGCGCAAAAGGCUUCGCCACAAAUGCUAAACCCACCAUUUCUCCAUCAGAUUUCAUUCCACGAGAGCGGAAGCGUUCUCGCCGCAGCUGCUGAGGACGGGGCUAUUCGUCUCUUUUCUGGGUGUGGAAAGGAUGCGAUGAAGCUAGCGCAUGUCCUCGAGGGAGUACAUCCAUCCAGCGCAUGUCAAGUGCAGUUUUCUAGUUUUGCGCCCGACAGCGUGCUAAUGUCGGCCGGAAAUGAUCGCAGGAUUGUUGCUUGGAAUGUGUCUACGUGUGUUUCCCAGCUGACUACGCGACGUUCUCAGGGGAAGAAGACACCAUCAGCAGUGACUGCACGCCGCUCGAAGCCUGCUUCUGCUGCUUCUGUCACUGCUUCAUCAGCAUCUAGUAAUACCUGUGAUACAGAGGCACAGCUGCCCACAGAUACUGUCAGUGAUACCAUUAGCCACAGUGUUGUGGGUAUGCAUCCAACUAAAAUCAACUGGCUUACCACAUGUACAUCUAACAAUAAGGUUGUCAUAGCCGACCAGACAGCUGCACUGAAAGCAUAUGCUAUCAGUGGUUGAGCUAAAAGGCAAAGUAGUCGAUCGCACUACAGUAGCAGCAAGUUUCGUUUCUGAUGAAAUGGACACUGCUUCUCAAGUGAUUGUCUAGCCUGUGAUCUUUUUAGGACAUUACUUUUUUAUUUAGGUUUUUGUGAGUUUUUUUAAAACACCAUGCCUCAUGGUGGAAGCAUGAAGCAUGGUCUUGAUCCGGCCUUGAUUUUUUCUCCAUAGAAGCAUUUGAAUCAAAAAGUGUUCGCCGCCGA